UAUGUAUGUAUGUAUAAUUAAAACACAUGCGCAUGUAUGAUGCUGAGCUCCAUCCCAACUGCCUAUAAAUAACCAUCUUCUGUUCACCUAUUUCUUCACAUCAUCAUUCCAAUGGCAGGAGGACGACGAGGAGCUCUGAUUUUGGUCCUCUCGCUCAUUCUCUUGAUCGCAUUCGCCGAUCUGGUUCAGGGGUACAGAAAGCUUCGUCCAAGAGAAUGCAAAGGAAGAUGUAAAAUUCGAUGCUCGGCGACAUCGCACAAGAAGCCGUGCAUGUUCUUCUGCCAAAAGUGUUGCGCCAAAUGCUUGUGCGUACCACCGGGUGUUUAUGGUAACAAACAGAAAUGCGGUCGUUGCUACAAUAACUGGAAGACCAAGGAAGGCAAACCCAAGUGCCCUUAAUUCAUGUCUUAACUGUAUUUCUCUGUUUUUAAUUUCCAUUGGAAUAAAUAAAUUGUCAAGUAUAGGUAGGGAUGACCAAAGGGCAUUUUAGUCAAACUGUGUGUUAUCCACCUAGCUAUAUAGGAUAUAUAUCAAUUUUAGCAAGUUUGUAUGAAUGGGAAGUCUGUAACAGAAAAUCUCUCAUAUGUAUUACCAGUUAAUCAAUUAUAAGUUAUUAACAUAUA